UAAAGCUCUUUGUUAAAUAAUACUGUCAAAUAUUUAUGUUGACUUUACCUAAACCGUUUGUGUAUUUUCUUUUCAGGCGAUUUUGAUGUGGUAAUGACAGAACUACAGAGAAAAUGGUUAUCGAAGUUGGAUAAUGUGUAUAGUAAGGGUAUCCAAGGAGGUGGUUGAGCAUAUGAUGGGUUGGAACAUUCCUGAAGAGCACCAGGACCUGGUUCAUGAGCACUGGAGGAACUUCCCCGCCGUCAGUAAAUACUGGCACUACUGCCUCGCCCUAAUAUACACCAUGCUCAUGGUCUGCUCGCUCAUCGGUAACGGCAUCGUCAUAUGGAUUUUUGGAACAUCAAAAUCCCUGCGCAGUCCAAGCAACAUGUUCGUGAUAAACCUCGCGGUGUUCGACUUGAUGAUGAUGCUGGAGAUGCCGCUCCUCAUCACCAACUCCUUCUACCAGCGGCUGGUCGGCUACCAGUUGGGUUGUGACGUGUAUGCUGUACUGGGAUCCUUGUCCGGCAUCGGCGGAGCCAUCACAAAUGCUGUUAUUGCGUUUGAUCGAUACAAAACUAUCUCCUGCCCGCUGGACGGUAGGAUCAACAAGGUCCAAGCAGCCAUACUGAUAGCCUUCACUUGGUUCUGGGCGCUACCCUUCACGAUCCUGCCCGCUCUCAAGAUCUGGGGACGAUUUGUACCUGAGGGUUUCCUGACGACCUGUUCCUUCGACUACUUCACCGAUGACCAGGACACGAAGGUGUUCGUCGCGUGUAUCUUCGUGUGGAGUUACUGCAUCCCGAUGGCGCUCAUCUGCUACUUCUACUCACAGCUGUUUGGUGCUGUACGUCUCCAUGAGCGCAUGUUACAAGAACAAGCCAAGAAGAUGAACGUCAAGUCGCUAGCCGCCAACAAGGAGGACGCGGGCCGCUCCGUCGAGAUACGGAUAGCUAAAGUAGCCUUCACUAUAUUCUUCCUGUUCGUCUGUGGGUGGACACCUUAUGCCUUCGUUACGAUGACCGGUGCGUUUGGUGACAGGAAUCUCCUGACGCCAAUUGCGACCAUGAUCCCUGCUGUCUGCUGUAAAUCUGUAUCAUGCAUAGAUCCAUGGGUUUACGCCAUUAAUCAUCCCAGAUACAGGGCGGAACUGCAGAAGCGUCUGCCAUGGAUGGGUGUCCGCGAGCAGGAUCCUGACACCGUCUCCACCACGACCAGCGUGGCCACUGCUCAGUCAAACGCGCAGCCCGCCGCUGAAGCUUAGACCUUUCCAGAAUAUUCGACCACACUAGAACAAUGAGAGUAUCGUUAUACAAUAGGAACAAUUAUUUCUAGAACGUCAUAGAACAAUGUUGGUAUAUGUAGGUACUUACAUAGAAGUUUCUUGAAUGUCUUCUGUUGUUCGUAUUUGGAGCUUACUUUUCUGUGUGUCAUUUGGUUGAGCGAUGUUUUGUAAUUUCAAUAGUUGAAGAGAUAUUCAGUUAUGCAUUUUUCUUUCAUUCUUAUCUCAGUUUUUUCCGAAGAAGUGUACAGAAUGUGCUAAGUAUUUUGGUUGUACCGAAAUAUACAAUGUUAUCCAACCUUCCUCAAAAAUAAGAUGAUCAAAAAGUUUUUAUACAUUAAUAAUUUAAGAAUAGCAAGUAAGUUUACAAUUCCUGUCAAGUAUCAUUAAUAUUUCGCCUUAAAGAACGUUUCUCUUAAAAUAAACGUUCAAAGCUAAGAAUUACAAGCCCUGACAACGUUAUUUAUAAACGUUUCUAAACGACUGACGUGUUUUAACAACUUUAAUAAAACAAUUCUAGUUUUGAAACGUUGAGAUGUUCUAAGUUUAAACGUUUGUUCGAACUGACAGUUUUGACGGUUGGAAAUUUGAAUAUUGCUCACACUAUUGUUAUCCGAAUUACUUCUUAAAAGUUAUUUUGAAAUCAGAAUAAAAUAUGAUUUUAAACUUCUACUGACAAAUACCUUCCUUUCUUGCGUCCUGAAGAAUGUUAAGACUUGUGUUAGGAAUGAGUUAAAUGCGUUACAUAUUGUACUGUGUAUUUUUAAAUAUGCUUUACUGUAUUGCUUAACUUAAGCUUACUAUAAGUUAACAAAGCUUACUAUUUUACGCUUUAACCUGUAUGUUACUUUACUUUAAGGUAAACUACAAAUAUUCUCGAUCUUUUCAUUCUCAUUGUACUAGUGUUGUGACUCUUCUAACAACGACUCUAGCAAGUCUAUGGUAACCGAGUAAAGAAUAAUAUUUUUUUAACGAAGCAUAAUAAAAGUACAAAAAACACCGGACAGAUCCCGACGACCGCGCUUAUUUUGUUAAUGAGCAAAUAAAGUUAUAAUACUGAGC